UUAGACGAAAAUACAUUUUCUUAGAUUAAAUAACGCGACAAAUCUUUGCUACAUGAAAACAAAACAGUGCAUUGUAUUGUCAUCAUGUGGUUUAUGGUUACCCGACUACCGCAGGGCUUUGUCUCGUUAAGUCAACCCUAAUCGGGCAUAAUGUCUUUUAUUUGUCUCAUUGAAGGGGGAGGGGAGUGAAAGUAUAGAGGAAGAGAGGGGGAUUUAACAUUCACAAAAAAGGCGACACCAACAGAGAAUGCGCGAUGGAGAAAAACGACAGAGGUGAGGAAGAAGAGGAAGAACAGAGGCGAGAGAGGGGGGAGGCAGGUCGUUUGUAUAGUUUGUGCCCCACUGGGAAGAAGUUCCGGAGCAAGCCUCAAUUGGCCCGUUACCUUGGCAACUCCAUGGAUCUCAGUUCCUUUGAUUUCCGCACAGGCAAGAUGCUCAUGAGCAAACUGAACAAGACCAGACAGAGACCUCGAUAUGACAACAAUAGCCAGACUAAGGGUAAACCGGACCUGAAUACAUCCCUCCCAGUACGACAAACAGCCUCCAUCUUCAAACAACCUGUCACAAAAGUUACCAACCACCCCAGCAAUAAGGUUAAAACAGACCCACAGAAGGCCAUUGACCAGCCCAGACAGCUCUUUUGGGAGAAGAAGUUGAGUGGCCUCAAUGCCUUUGACAUAGCAGAGGAGUUGGUGAAAACAAUGGAGCUCCCCAAAGGCUUACAAGGAGUGGGCCCUGGCUGCACAGAUAAGACCCUUUUGUCAGCUAUUGCCAGUGCUCUUCACACCAGUGCGGCUCCCAUCACGGGCCAGCUGUCCGCCGCUGUGGAGAAGAACCCUGGCGUGUGGCUCAACACGGCUCAGCCUCUCUGCAAGGCCUUCAUCGUCACAGAUGAGGACAUCAGAAAGCAGGAGGAGCUGGUGUACAGCGUGCGGAAGAGGUUGGAGGAGGCUUUGAUGGCCGACAUGUUGGCUCACGUGGAGGAAACAUCUAGUGAGGGUGACGCACUCAAACAGGAGGGGAAUUGCAAUGAUGAAAAACAGGAAGUAUAGCAAAGGGCAUUCAAAUAUGUCUGAAUUACCUGCACAUGAGUUUCCCAACACAACCAGACGCUCGCUGAUCAACACACCACGUUACCAUGAUCUCCCAGAUUCGCUGAAAAUCCAUGUACGCCCACCAUUUGGGAUCUCACAGAGACUGUUGGCUCGAUUUUCAGGCAUUUUUUUGUUUUAUUGUUUUUUAAUAUUUCAAACAUUUUUCUAAAAGAACAAAAUGUUAGAAAAGUUCAGCAGUUGAACUGCCUUCUGCAUAAAAUGUUUUUGAGAGGAGUAUUUGGAUUUGAUACGGAGAUGACAAUCAAGUCAAAAAUACAGUCCUCUAGUUCUAGUAGGUGCUAAACUUUGUCUCAGCCGACCUAAACUGAUCAGAUUCUUCUCUGUGACUGGUACAUGUUUGUGAGAAAAUAUUGACUUUACCCUCAUUCUUAAUCAAACUAAGGUGCAAAUCAGUAUUAUGCUGUUUAAAUACAAUUUCAAUGUGUUAUUCUCAAUGCCAAUUGUUUUAUUGGGCAAGCACUGAUAAAUAUAUUAACAGUUACGAAGUGUGCAGGUAUGACUGUUUUACGUAAAGUUUUUUCGUAAGCUCAUCUGGUGCUUGUUAAAACGGCCUGGUUUUUCUUUAUAAGCUAUUCAUACUUGACACUGAAUAACAUUACCACAGUCCGAACCUGAAAUUUAAAUGUGAAUGGUGAUUCAUAAAAUGUGACGCGUGAUUCAUAUAAAGUGAUGUGUAAACAUCAUUCUGUGAUGAGUUGCCGGGCGAAAAAGUAUCUUUUUUAAACAAUGUUGCGUUCAUAGCCCACAGCAGCACGCCGACGUUCAUGUUCAACAUUUCUCAAAAUAAAAUGUUCUUGUGUUGAA